GAGUAUGGAUGGAAGGAGGAAUGGAGGAGGGAGGGGAGGAGGGAGGGGAGGAGGGAGGGGAGGAGGGCGAGGGGAGGAGGGAGGGGAGGAGGGAGGGAGGAGGGAGGGGAGGAGGGAGGGGAGGAGGGAGGGGAGGAGGGAAGGGAGGAGGGAGGGGAGGAGGGAGGGGAGGAGGGAGGGGAGGAGGGAGGGGAGGAGGGAGGGGAGGAGGGAGGGGAGGAGGGAGGGGAGGAGGGAGGGGAGGAGGGAGGGGAGGAGGGAGGGGAGGAGGGAGGGGAGGAGGGAGGGGAGGAGGGAGGGGAGGAGGGAGGGGAGGAGGGAGGGGAGGAGGGAGGGGAGGAGGGAGGGGAGGAGGGAGGGAGGAGGGAGGGGAGGAGGGAGGAGAGGAGGGAGGGGAGGAGGGAGGGGAGGAGGGAGGGGAGGAGGGCGAGGGGAGGAGGGCGAGGGGAGGAGGGCGAGGGGAGGAGGGCGAGGGAAGGAGGGAGGGGAGGAGGGAGGUGAGGAGGGAGGUGAGGAGGGAGGGAGGAGGAGGGGAGGAGGGAGGGGAGGAGGGAGGGGAGGAGGGAGGGGAGGAGGGAGGGGAGGAGGGAGGGGAGGAGGGAGGGGAGGAGGGAGGGGAGGAGGGAGGGGAGGAGGGAGGGGAGGAGGGAGGGGAGGAGGGAGGGAGGAGGGAGGGGAGGAGGGCGAGGGGAGGAGGGAGGGAGGAGGGAGGAGAGGAGGGAGGGGAGGAGGGAGGGGAGGAGGGAGGGGAGGAGGGCGAGGGGAGGAGGGCGAGGGGAGGAGGGCGAGGGGAGGAGGGCGAGGGAAGGAGGGAGGGGAGGAGGGAGGUGAGGAGGGAGGUGAGGAGGGAGGGGAGGAGGAGGGGAGGAGGGAGGGGGAGGAGGGAGGGGAGGAGGGAGGGGAGGAGGGAGGGGAGGAGGGAGGGGAGGAGGGAGGGGAGGAGGGAGGGGAGGAGGGAGGGGAGGAGGGAGGGGAGGAGGGAGGGGAGGAGGGAGGGGAGGAGGGAGGGAGGAGGGAGGGGAGGAGGGAGGGGAGGAGGAGGGGAGGAGGAGGGAGGAGGGAGGAGGGAGGAGGGGAGGAGGGCGAGGGGAGGAGGGCGAGGGGAGGAGGGCGAGGGGAGGAGGGCGAGGGGAGGAGGGCGAGGGGAGGAGGGCGAGGGAGAAGGGCGAGGGGAGGAGGGCGAGGGGAGGAGGGCGAGGGGAGGAGGGCGAGGGGAGGAGGGCGAGGGGGGAGGGCGAGGGGAGGAGGGCGAGGGAGGAGGGCGAGGGGAGGAGGGCGAGGGGAGGAGGGCGAGGGGAGGAGGGCGAGGGGAGGAGGGCGAGGGGAGGAGGGCGAGGGGAGGAGGGCGAGGAGGAGAGGAACAUGAGCUGUGAAAGCCUGACGCUUUGGGCGUGAGGCU